AUGCCCGGUGAACCUCAGCCAGCUCAAAAGCGCCCACGUCUCCCUUUCAAACCUCCCAGUCGCACGACUAGCGCGGGACCAUCCAGCUCCGCGCCAAAGGCUAAAGGAAAAGCGAAACAAACCAGCACAAAAGCCUCCGCAUCCACAACCGCGCCCAAAACAACAAAAAGCAAACCUACGGCCCAAAACAAGUCCACAGCUCAGAGCAAAUCUACAACCAUUGGCAAACGCCCCCGACCCGAGUCUCCGGCAGUCAAUGCCGCCUCCGAAUCCGAAUCCGAGUCCGACUCCAAUGGAUUGAGCCGCAGUCGUUCGCGCUCACUCUCCCAGGAACCCGACUAUAUCCUUGCUGAGAUAACGACUACACACCAAGAAGAGGAUGUAACGUCCAGCGACCCCAAAAUACCUUCAAAACUGCUUACUCGUCUGCUGCACCAGCAUUUCCAGAAUGAGAAGACUAAGGUUGCAAAAGAUGCCAACAACAUUGUUGCUAAAUAUGUUGAUGUCUUUGUGAGGGAAGCAAUCGCCCGAGCUGCUUAUGAGAGGGCCGAGUCAGAUGGAAAUACUGGGGGCAGGGGUCUUGGGGACGGGUUCCUUGAGGUUGAAGAUCUUGAGAAAAUGGCGCCGCAGCUCACGAUGGAUUUCUAA